AUGGCUCGUAUUGCUGCCUUGUGCGUCUUGGCUGCUGCAGCCCUUUGCAUGCUCCGAAACAUUGCCUUUGUCUCAGCGCCUGCGCGCACCACCGCAGACCCCGCAGUGGCAGCUGGUGCAGCGGUGUUGGCAACUGUGCCAAUGGGAGCAGAUGCCUUCGUCUUCAAGGGCAAGGAGUACUUUGACGUCUUCUAUGGCAUUGAGCCUUUGGCCUGGGCCUUCUGCGGCUUUGUCAUCGUCUACUAUGGCGCUGUUGUGAAGAACGCUGCGCAAAAGCGCCUCACAUGCAAAAACUGA